AUGUCUGUGCUUGCUGAAGGUGGGGAUACUCUACGAACCGAUUACCAUACAAUUUUGUAUGCGAAUCGGUUUGCUUUUCCACGGGGUCUGAGCUCAUAUGGACAGGUUGACUGUUACUACGUAACAAAUGAUACAGAAAACGUUAUCGAUAAUGACUACAAUAUCGAUCUCCCUAUAUUAUGUAGCAUAUCACAAGUGAAUACAGGAGAGGAUUCAAGCUUGGAAAACAAAAUUUGGGAGGAUAAGAUAGCUUCGCCAAGAAUAUAUGAUGACGAUUCUUCAUCAAUUGAGACAGUCCUUGAUCCUCGUUUGUACCAGGAGACCUUGAUAGAAGGAUUACAAAAGGGUUAUAAUACUCAAGGUAUGGAUACUCUUGAUUACGAUAAUAAAGCAAUCUCCUGA